GUGAGUUUCAGAAGAACUGAAUCUACUACAGAAAGGAUAACUGAAUAAGAGAGAAGAAUGAAGAUCAUCUGGACUUUCACUCUGAUGAUUCCUGGUGUGUUGAGCUCCAUCAGUGUGACAGGAUAUUCGGGAGAAGGAGUCAACAUCACAUGCAAAUAUGAUAGAAGAUAUACAGACAAUAACAAGUAUUUUUGUAAAGGACAGAAUCCAGGAUGCACUGACCUCAUCAAGAUGUAUAAAAAGAAUGGUGAAAAACGGGUUGAUUCUGGAAGAUUCUCUCUGUAUGAUGACCCAAGUGCAGCAUUUUUUACUGUGACCAUCAGAGAUGUCAGUGAACAGGAUUCUGGGUUAUACCAGUGUGCAGUUGAUAUCUAUAUGGCUGAAGAUGUCUACAGUGAAGUGAAGCUGAAUAUUGUAACAGGUGAAUUUUUAUUAUUCACAGCUUAUCCUUCUGUUGACCCCUGCUACAACUACACUGUGCUGGACGAUCCAUGGAGAGCCAACAGCAGUCAGCUAUCAAACUCCUACAAGUGUGACCAGUCAGUCACCUGGAGCGGCUGGUAUCGUCUCUUUAUUAACGGUCUGAGUGCUCAGAUCCCAGACACAUGUGUUGAUCAAUACAGCUGUGGCACUGCUGCCCCACUGUGGAUUCGUGGUGGACACCCAACAGUUCAGGAUGGGGUCGUCACUCGAGGUGUCUGUGGUCACUGGAUCAGUUACUGCUGCUAUUACGGGGCUUACCCCAUUGAAGUCAAAGCCUGUCCAGGAAAUUAUUAUGUCUAUGAGCUGGUUCGUCCCAAAGAUAGCAAUUUAGCAUACUGUGCAGUUGUUACUAACAUCAGCAGCACUCAUACAACAGUCGCACCAGAGACAAGCUCAGCUGGUAAAGUAGUCUGAUGUUUCCUCUGUUGAUUAAGUUUUGACUGAAUGUUUGUAGAUCUGUAGAAAUAGACAGGUGU